AUGGGACAAUGGUGGACUCCGGAGCGCAUCGAUGCCACCGUCACCAGGGCCUUCAUCGUCCAGCACCUCGAGGGCGAUGAGGUCGACCAGCUGGACCGACCCGUGGGGUUUACCGCGGAGGCCCUCACCGAGAGGACGUACCUGGAAGCCAUACAGAGCGGCGCCAAGAAGCUGUUCCUGAUCCUGGUCGACGUCGGCGUGCCCGACCAGAUCUUUGGCAUCAUCGACGAUGGCUGGGACGACGAGGAGCUGCCGCUCUCCCUCGAGGACAUUGAGCGUCUGUCGCUGAUGGAGGUCAACAACGACCGGGUGAACCGCAAGUUUCAGCAGCGCCAGGGCCAGUACAUUCUCAAGACCAUCGAGCAGGGCGAGCAUCAGACCUACGAGGACACCGAACAGGUGCCCAUUGAUGUCGUCGAGCGGGUACCCCCUUUGCCCACAAAGGGCCAUCACGUCGACAAGGUCAGGCUGCCCAAUGUCCCCGGCGGCGUCUUCACGCGCAGGAGGUACACCCUGGGCAAGACACCUGGCUCCAUGCCGAUGACAGAGUUCCUCGAAAUGGUCAGCAUCAUCAAGACCGUCCAGAGCGAACACAUGGUGUCGUACUGGGGCUCGUACACCCACCAAGGGUACGGAUACAUCCUCCUCACCCCCAUCAGCGAAUACAGCCUCAAGACCUUCCUCGGCGGCACGCCUUCGGCGUACAAAGGGCUACCCAAGAAGGACCGCAGGGAGAUCAUCAUGAACUGGAUCCUCUGCCUCGUCGACACCAUGUGCUCCCUGCACGUCACGCAUCGCGCGCACUGCUACAUCAAACCAUCCGCCAUCCUCUUCACCAACAAGCACAACAUCUUCCUCGUCGAUCCGGCGCGCCUCAGCCCCGACGCAUCGUCUGGCAAGGCGGAGAAGACAACCUUUGACCGGGAAUGGUACGACUACGCCGCCCCCGAACAAUGGUUCCAACCGUCGGGACCAGGCAGCCCGCCCACACGCAAGACCGUGCUGGCCUCGCUCACCAACGCCCAAAAUCAGCUCCCUAUCCCGAAUCCAUCGCAGCAGGCCGACAUUUUCUCGCUCGGCUGCAUCAUCCUCGAGCUGCUCUCGUUUCUCCUCAAGCGCUCCACCAGCAAGUUUGCCAGCUUCCGCUCGGCCAAGCUGAAAAAGGGCGGUCGCGGCGGCGCCGUCCUCGACACGUCCUUCCACAAGAACCUCGGCCAGGUGGAGGAGUGGAUGACGAGCCUGGCCAAGGACGCCGCGCGCAAGGCGUCCGAGAGCAGGGGGGGCGCGACGACGCGGAACGACGGCGCCCAUGUGUUCCGCGGCUUCACGCCCAUGCUGCACAUUGUCGCCGAGAUGCUGGCCGCCAACCCGUUUGAGCGGCCGUCGGCGCUCGAGGUGCAGCGACGCACGUACGAGCCCCACUGCGUGCAUCGCUACGAGGACCAGCAGGGCGGCGCGCGGCAUGGCAUCCCGCACCAUGCCUUUGCGCAGAUGAGUCUGCGUCAGCAGCAGCAGCCAGUACCACCAGCGCUGUACCAGACGCGGUCGUACGACUUUGCGGAGCCGGGCGGGAGUCCACCCCCUUUACUCGACAGGAGGAGCAGCGGGUAUUCCGAGGCGAGUCGAACGAGCGGCAGCACGACGACGGGCAGCAGCGAGCGGAGCAGCGAGUAUGCCGGUGCUGGUCGGGUCCAACAGAAGAAGAGCGCGUUUCAGGGGCGCUCGACUUUUUGUCUGCCUUGGCCCUCUUGGCCUUGGCGGCUCUCGUCGCCCCCAGAUAUUCUCCCGUGUUACCCGCCUGCAACGGGGGUGUUAACCGUAUUUCAAGCUUGGCCGCCUCCAGUACGACCCAGGAUACAGGUUUUGGGUAAUUAA